AUGCAGCCUCCACAACCGCAAGUGGCCGUCACGCCAACCGAGGAGAAGCCCAUCGACGGCCCAGUCAAAUCUAUUUACGAUAAGCUCUUCAACUCGGCUGUUGGGAGAUGGAUCGUUUCCGUGAUCAACUUGGGCUUGGCGGCAGGCAUCCUCUCGAAGAAACCAGGAGAAAAGAUGUUCAUCGCUGCUGCGUACAAUAUAGCUGUGGGCGGUCUUCACAUCCUACUCAUCUUCGGCCCUUGGAUAGGCCCCCGAGCGCGUAAUAGUCCUCUGCCUCCCAGGUGGUAUUAUAUUCUCAUAGCGAUUUCGACCCCACUCUGGUUUUCCGCGCUCAUUGUUAUGUUUGCAUUUCGUGAAUCGGAUGGAAAGUACGAGAUCAUCAAUAGGCGUAGUCUAUGGGGUGGCCUCAAAGAUAUCGCCGGGAGCACAAUCACAAUUCUUGAGAACAUCGCGAUUGCUUGUGGUUGCAUGGGUGUCUGUGCAAUUCUCUUUAAUUUCAUACAAUGUUAUUACAUUUUCAAAUUGCAGAGAGCCAAGUUUUCAGCAGAGGAACUAGAAGAGGGCUAUAUUCAAGUCAACGAGCCAAAAGAUAAGUCUAAGGAUGAGGCUACAAAAACUGGGUAG